GGCGCGGCGGCCUCCAGAGCCGGCGAGGACUCCGUCCUGCAGUGGGUGCUGCUGCUCAUCCCCGCGACCGCCUUUGGCCUGGGGACGUGGCAGGUAGGCCGCCCGGCUCUGCGCCCUCAGCCCCGCGUCUGCCGAGGCUGACGCUGUGUCCCCGUAGGUUCAGCGUCGGAAAUGGAAGCUGAGACUGAUCCAGGAGUUGGAGGCCAGGGUGAUGGCGGAGCCCAUCCCGCUGCCCGCGGACCCGAUGGAGCUGAGAGAGCUGGAAUACAGGCCCGUGAGAGUCAGGGGGCACUUCGACCACUCCAAGGAGCUCUACAUGAUGCCCCGCACGCUGGUGGACCCGGCACGGGAGGCCCGCGAGGCCGGCCGCCUCUCCUCCUCCACGGAGAGCGGUGCCCAUGUGGUGACUCGGUUCCACUGCACUGACCUGGGAAUCACCAUCCUGGUCAACAGAGGGUUUGUCCCCCGGAGGAGAGUGAACCCCGACACUCGUCAGAAAGGCCAGGUGGAGGGCGAGGUGGAGCUGGUCGGGAUGGUGAGGCUGACGGAGACCAGGAAGCCUUUUGUUCCUGAAAACCACCCCGAGAGGAACCACUGGCACUACCGGGACCUGGCAGCCAUGGCCAAGGCUGCGGGCACCGAGCCCAUCCUCAUCGAUGCCGACUUCAGGAGCACUGUCCCAGGAGGCCCCAUUGGGGGACAGACCCGAGUCACACUCAGGAACGAGCACCUACAGUACAUUGUGACCUGGUACGGCCUCGCCGCGGCCACCUCGUAUCUGUGGUGGAAGAAGUUCCUGCGACGAGCCCCCUGAUGGACACAACCACUUGGGUUGACCACGUCAUGUCAUCACAAUAAAGCUGUAACUAGA